AUGAAUUUAUACACUCUACAAAUAUUAACAAAAUCUACAGAAAACAUAAAAAAAAUGAUAAUCAAUCAAAUAAUGCAGAAUUUUUCAUUAAAAUCUUUUAUCUACACUACAAUCUUAUUAAAUAUUUAUAUGAUCAAAUCAAUUGCUAUGAAUGAACCUAAUGUAUUCUACGUAAAUGAUGAUACAAAUGAAGGUCAACGAAUUGGUCGUAUUACACAUUUAAAUGGUAAUAAUCAACCAAUGAAUUUAUUGAAAACAGGUCAUUUGAAAGCAGUAAUUGUACGUGGUAAUCGUCCACCUGCUGUAUAUUUUCGUUUAAAUGAAAAUACUGGUGAUUUAUAUACACGUACUGUGAUUGAUCGUGAAGCAUUAUGCUUUAAACAACAUUCAAUUGAUGGACCAUUGAAUAAUCAUCUGUCAAAAGAUUUCAAUGUUCAAUUAACUGAUGAAACGCAUUAUCAAUAUGCAUUAUCAUCAUCAUCGUUGUCAUCAUCAGCAGCAGCGGGAAAUUCAAAGAUUGUACAUCAAUGUAAGUUUACAUUUCAAGUGGCAUUACAUCGUACCUUCUCUCAACAACAACAACAAACACAUCAUCAACCGCAUGAACCAGCCUAUCCAUAUCUCCCGGAAUUCAUUGAUAUUACCAUCUUUGUUAUUGAUCGUAACGAUCAUAUCCCCACAUUUCAACCACAUUCCGUAAUUAAUUUAUCCAUUCCUGAAUCUGUACCGAUUGGUACACGUGUCCAGUUACCGCUAGCGUAUGAUCCCGAUUCACCGGAAUUCAGUGUACAACGUUAUGAAUUAUAUCCUGUCACAAUGAAUGGUUUUGCAUUGUAUACACAAACUACUGAUAUUAUACAGAAUACUAAUUUAUUGCAUGAAAUAACUGGAUUAUAUUUAGAAGUGAAAACAAUGCUUGAUCGUGAAUUACAAGAAAGUUAUACACUUGAAAUUAAAGCAUUUGAUUCAUUGGUAACAUCCACAACCACAACAACUACUACAUCUUUACUACAUGAUAAUCGUAAUGUGCUGAAAAUAUAUUUAACCAUAGAAGAUAUUAAUGAUAAUGGACCGAUAUUUCAACCACCACAAACUAAUUUGACCAACAAUCCAACAAUGAUGAUGAUGUCGUCCAUAAUGCCAUCAUCAACACUACCAUUUUCGUCAACUGCAUUGUCAUCAAAUAUUUUCACUUAUAAAAUUGAACUAACAGAAUCUAGUUGGCCAAAAACUCCUAUAUUACAAUUGAUUACUAAAGAUUUAGAUAGUUCCAAGUAUGCAUUAACAAAAUAUGAAUUUGCUAGUCAUACUGAGCAUAGAAUAAAACAAUUAUUUAAAUUAAAUGAACAUACUGGUGAAUUAUUUUUAAAACAACCAUUAGAUUAUGAAAAAUAUACAAGUUAUACAUUUGAUGUUUUAGCUAUUGACAGUGAAUAUGAUCGACGUAGUAAAUUAGAUAGUCAAAAUGUACAUUUUAUCAAUUCACGUUUACCGCAACCACAACCACACCAACAACAACAUAAUAUUUACACGUCGACAGCGAAUGUCCUGGUCAAUGUGUUGGAUAUAAAUGAUGAAAUUCCUAUAAUUGAAUUAGAUUAUUUAAGAAUUGAUGAAACAACUGGUCGACCAGCUACUUAUGCACGUAUUGAAGAGAAUAGUGAACCGCCACAAUUUAUCGCUGAUAUACUGGUGACAGAUCGUGAUGCGAAUGCAGCGAAUAGUCAUGUGAUUUGUACAAUAGUGAAUAAAUUAAAUCGACCUCAAAAUAAUAAUAAUAAUAAUCAUAAUAAUAAUGACAAUAAUAAUAGUAAUAAUAAAACUGAUCUAAUCAAUACAUUAUUUCAAUUGACCGAAGUGAAACGUCAACCUGGUCUUGUACAAUACAAUAUGUUAACUGUACGCAGUUUAGACAGAGAAACAAAUGGAGCAAUUAUUCGUGUACGUGUUCAAUGUUCUGAUUCGGGGGAAAUAAAAAAAUUCUCUGAAGUUGAUUUAGUUAUUCAUGUGAUAGAUUUGAAUGAUAAUAGUCCACAAAUUCAUUUGAUUACACAAAAUUUAAACACAAUAAAAUCUGAAACUAAUAAUAUAAUUUAUUUAAAAGAAAAUUCACAAACCGGUACAAUUGUAGGUCAAUUCAAUGUGACUGAUCAAGAUUCCGGUGAAAAUAGUCGUACUACAUGUACACUGACAUCAGUGAAUAAUGACCCAUUAUUAUUAAACAUUCAUGAAUAUUUUCAAAUGGAUCCAACCUCAUGUAAUUUAAUCACACGUAAACCAAUUGAUCGUGAAUCCACAUAUCCUCCACUAGAUGAAAUUAAUUUAACUAUUGAAGUUAAUGAUCAUGGUCAACCAAUGCAUAAAUCAAAUUUAAAUAUAAAAGUGAAAAUACUCAAUGAAAAUGACAAUGUACCGGUAUUUCAACAUACAUUUUAUCGUUUUUCAAUUAAAGAAAAUUUACCAGCCGGUGUUAGUGUUGGUCAAUUAAUGAUCACGGAUUUAGAUGGAGAUUAUGAUCGAUUGGAUGUAAGAUUACAAAAACAAGAACAAUUACCAUUUCAAUUAUGGAAAUCCGAAACAACAACCUCAACAUCGUUUACAGAUCAUUCAAAUGAUAUACCAAUGAUUGUGUAUUAUUUGAAUACAACUAAAUUACUUGAUCGUGAAGAGAAAUCAAGUUAUGAAUUUGAAAUUUAUGCAAAUGAUGUCAUGCCUGAUAAUGAGGAAUUAUUAUUUAGUCAACAGAAAUUAUCAAUGAAAAGUUUUAGUCAUCGAACUAGUACUAGUGUUCUAGUGACAGUGGAAGAUGAGAAUGACAAUGAUCCAGUGAUUAUAUUUCCACAACAACCUGAUAAAAUAUUUAUUUUAUCAAAUUUAGAAAAAAAAUAUUAUCAAUUGAUGACUGUCAAUGCAAAUGACAAAGAUCCUACAUCAAAUACAUUUAUAUUUAUGUUAGAACAAAAAGAAACUGUAGGUAAUACAAAUGCAACUACGCUAAAAACUACUCAUCUAGAUGAAAUUGAUAUCAAUGAAUCAAAAUCAGCCUUAGAAUUAAUACAGAAACCAUAUUCUACAACAAACCAAUUAAAUACAUUCUUAGAAAUUGAUCGUAGUGUCGGUACGGUGUAUUUAAGUAGAGAUAUUCAACAAAAUGAUACAGGUACACAUGUAUUUCACGUAAUUGUACAAGAUAGUAUAUUAAAUCCACGUACAGCAUCAUUGAGAUUUUUUGUGAAGGUAGAACCAAUUCCACCACGUUCAUAUCAAAUUAAAUCCAAUAAUAAUAAUUUAUUGAACAAUGAACAUAAUGAACGUCGUGUAUUAUUAAGCGAAAAUACUAUACAUUCCGAGUAUUUCGAUUCGAAUUUCGAUCGAAAUACUCAUUAUUCAAAAUUAUCUAAUAAUAGAGAAAACUUUUUGUCAAAUAGAAAAUUGGAUAAUACAAAAUUGAUCAUUGAAAAUCAUUCUUAUCCUUUAUUAUCAUCAUCGUCAUCCUCAUCGUCGAUUGCAUUUUCAUCCACUAAACAAUUCAAUCGUCGUUUAACUAGUGAUACAGUAUUGAUACUUUCAUUAGGUUUAAUAUUGUUAAUACUUUUAGCUACUUUAUGUUUAGUUAUAUUUGCACGUCAUUGGUCAGUGAAUUCUGCUGGUAUUCCGCAAAAUUUAAUUUCACCGGAUAAAAUUCAAUGUUCCAAUUUAUUUUGUUGUUGUAUUACACCAAAUCAUAAACAAGUGCCAAAUAAUGAUCAUUUAAAAGCGGAUAAAAAAGAAGUGAUUAAUAUUUUUCAACCAACACAUUCUUCACCACAUAUAAAUAAUCAUCAUUCACCAAUUAAUUUAAACUGUGAUAAUACUGUCAGAUCAUUAGAUACAUUUAAUGCAAGUUUAAGUGAUUCAUAUAGUCAAAAAAUAUUGGACAAUGAACAUGUUUAUUAUCGUGACUGUAGACAAUUUUCUUUAUUACCUGUUUUAACUAGUACAAUAAACUCUGAGAGUGGAUCAUUCCCAACAGAUUAUACUGCGUUACAAACAAUCACUUCAUGUAAAUGUUGUACACCACCUCCACAACAGUAUACAUACAAUAUAGAUAAUUCAAAUCAACACUUACUUGAAUCAUUUAUGAUACAACCUAUGAAACAUAAUAACACAUUACAAACUAAUCCAAUUUCUAAUUGUCCAAUUUCUUAUUAUACAACUUUAUCACCAAAAUUAAAAUCCGAUAAUGUCAUAGAUAAACAACGUAAAGUACGUAUUAUGUCAACAAUGAAAGAGAAUGUUGAUGUGGAGACAUCGAAAAAUUCACCUUCGGAAUAUUUAACAACAUGAUAAAAAAAAGUAGUAAAAUUGUUUUUAAAAAAAAUAUGUAAGUGAUU